AUGCCUUCUCCUUCAGGUACUCAACCUCUAGCGCAAGAGUAUUUGAUUGCAUUGCACUGUCAUUUUCUAACCGUUUUCUGUUUCACAGCACGCAGACUCAUAAUGGCCGCGAUAUCCAACUCAUUCUCACUCAAACACGGUUUCUAUCUCGCGCGUCCGCAAAAUCCCUUUCGCACUCCAGUUCUUCCUUCUUCCACUUCCAUUAAAUUCAGAAGAUGCUACGCCGCGUUCGCCAAUGAGAAUCGCGAAUACGUUAUCGUUGGCGGUGGAAAUUCCGCGGGAUAUGCUGCACGCACUUUCGUGGAGCACGGCAUGGCGGAUGGACGGCUCUGUAUUGUGACCAAAGAGCCAUAUGCACCUUACGAGCGUCCCGCUCUGACGAAAGCGUAUUUGUUCCCGCCGGAUAAGAAACCAGCGCGUCUUCCUGGUUUUCACACCUGUGUUGGAUCCGGUGGAGAGAGGCAGCCUCCAGAGUGGUACAAAGAGAAUGGGAUAGAGAUGUUGUAUGAAGAUCCGGUAAAAGAUAUUGAUAUUGAGAAGCAAACUUUGACAACAAAUUCUGGAAAACUUUUGAAGUAUGGUUCACUUAUUAUUGCAACAGGAUGUACGGCAUCAAGGUUUCCAGAGAAAAUUGGGGGAAACCUACCUGGUGUCCAUUAUAUCCGGAAUGUUACAGAUGCUGAUGCACUGAUUUUAUCAUUGGAACGAGCAAAAAAGGUUGUAGUUGUUGGAGGUGGUUAUAUUGGACUGGAGGUUGCUGCUGCUGCUGUUGGUUGGAAUCUUGACACGACGAUCAUAUUUCCGGAGGAUCAACUUUUGCAAAGACUGUUUACUCCUUCUCUUUCCCGGAGAUAUGAAGAACUUUAUCAAAAAAAUGGAGUCAAAAUCUUGAAGGGUGCUUCCAUAAAAAAAUUGGACGCUGGUUCUAACGGACAUGUAGCUAGUGUGAAACUUGGAGAUGGAUCGAUUGUGGAAGCAGAUACGGUUAUUAUAGGCAUCGGAGCAAAACCUGCUGUGAGCCCCUUUGAGAGGGUGGGCCUAAAUACAGAUGUUGGAGGUAUACAGGUUGAUGGUUUGUUCCGGACUAGCAUUCCUGGAAUAUUUGCUGUUGGUGAUGUAGCAGCUUUCCCUUUAAAGAUCUAUAACCGUAUCUCUCGAGUGGAACACGUAGAUCAUGCCCGUCGCUCUGCACAGCACUGUGUGAAAGCAUUACUGACCGCACAAACUCACACGUACGACUAUCUUCCAUAUUUCUACUCGAGGGUUUUUGAAUAUGAAGGAAGCCCUAGAAAAGUAUGGUGGCAGUUCUUUGGGGACAAUGUUGGAGAAACAGUUCAAAUUGGAAAUUUUGAUCCUAAAAUAGCUACCUUCUGGAUUGAAUCUGAUAAGCUGAAAGGAGUUCUUCUUGAAAGUGGGAACCCUGAGGAAUUUCAACUCUUGCCCAAACUUGCCAGAAGUCAACCUUUGAUUGAUAAAGCCAAACUUGAAAACGCAACUUCAGUGGAGGAGGCACUAGAGAUUGCUCGGGCAUCCUUGCAAGGCCAAGUCGCUGCCUAA